GGGAUGUUCGGAGAUUUCCUGGCGAAGUAUAUUUUCGCGUUGUCUUUGUUCCUGUUCAUGAUAUUAUCGGCGCGCUCUUUUGGUUAUUCGUUGUCGGCUUGUUAAGAGGAUAUAUCUGGAGUUCGAGACUGGCGUAUUUCUACAAUCACGCGGAAGUGAAAUAUUCAGGAGACGGUGGCUUGAAAGUCAACAACCUUGCCUAGUAGCAAUGGAAUGGCUCGGCCAUGCUAAGACGUCUUUCACACAUUCGUCGACACUGCUUCCCUUGAAAAAGAAGGAUGGCUCUUCGACAGACUUACUCACGAUAUGUCAAGAUUCGACUCCCCCAUGCCGCCUAAACCCCCUUCUCUUUAAUGGCCACCUCCAAACAAUGUGGACGGCCAUAAAGAGUGACGGUCCUCCACUUUAUUACAAGCGCAAGAUCUUCGAAGCUGAGGAUCCAGCAUAUCAUGGCACCUUUGCUGUUGAUUUCGUUAGCCAGCCAUUCUCAGAAUCCGAAAGUACGCUUCCCCCAAGAACAACAUACUUUAGCGAUGAAGAAUUCGCAGGGAUUGCGUCUCUGGACAGCCGCCCAAUGUUGGUGUCAUUGGGCGGACUCUCGGGCGGCGCUUUUGAGGAUUACUUGAAACAAGUGCUCGCUCCUUUAGUAGGAGCAGAUGGAGAGCGGCGAUGGGAGGCGUGUGUCAUCAACGCGAGAGGCUGUGCUAUGCAUAAAGUUUCAAGCAGUAUUUUGUACAAUGCAAGAGCUACAUGGGAUUGUCGCCAGACCGUUGCUUGGCUAAGAAAGACGUUUCCUAACCGCCCCCUAUUUGGUGUAGGCUUCUCCUUGGGCGCGAAUAUCUUGACAAAUUACAUUGGAGAAGAAGGAUCUGCGUGUGAGCUCAAGGCGGCAGUCGUCUGUUCGAAUCCGUGGAAUCUCGAUGUUGCCAAUUUAGCUCUGCAACGAUCAUGGAUUGGCAAGGAGAUCUACUCAAAGACCAUGGCAAACGGCCUGAAGAGGCUUAUUGAGCGUCACUAUGAUGCGGUAUCGAAAAACCCCGAGAUUGACCUUGGCAAAAUUCGCCAGGUCAAGUAUCUGCAUGAAUUUGACCGAGUAAUUCAAGUCCCAUCAUGGGGCUAUCCGACUGAAGGGGCAUAUUAUCGGGAUGCUUCAUCAACUGACUCCUUACUGGCAUGCCGGAUACCCAUAUUUGCCAUCAAUGCUGAAGACGAUCCUAUUGCUGUCAAGGAGGCGUUGCCAUAUUUAGAAGUCCAGCAGACACCAUACGCGGUCUUGUGCACAACCAGCCAAGGCGGCCAUCUUUCGUGGUUCGAAAGUUUCAACGGCCAGAGAUGGCAUGCCAGACCCGCGGUCAAUUUCCUUAAUAAGAUGGCUUUUGAAGUCGAAAUCGAUUCUCCUGCAUCCGCCUCUUCGAAUAGUUCUACUAACUUGGAUCCAAGUGGUACUCACUAUGAUAACAGUACUCGAUUCGAUCCUAUGCGCCGCAAAUGGCACAAGUAG